UGGACGUUGAAAAGCUGUUCCGGUGCCGUUCAUCUCCAUCGCAAUUCCAUUUCCCUCACGGAUACACCAGUCAAUGGGUCUACCUACUCCAUCUCGGUUACCUCUCUUCAACACGUCCCAUCCCGUCUAAUUCGCCCGCAAAGUCAAUUGACUAUUGCUCCACUCCCACCGCGGACUAUGCCCCGAACCCCCUCCGGCACGGCUGGGAUCACCCGACCGAAAGCUGCGAGCCGCUUCGUCUCCGUCGGCAGCCCUCCCAAUAAGAUCACGCGUAAUAAGCAGCAAUGGAUUCAAGGUCGUCCUGAGCGGAUCUGUCCCUGA